GACGCAGCCAUUUAAUGGCCUUUUUGGCGAAGUUUUUCACCUCUUCGUCUCCCAGAUACAUGAAUAGCCAGUUGGAAAAGAUGACGUCGUAGGAGUUGGGCUCAGCCUCGAGGUUGACGACGUCUUUACAGAGGAACGUGACGUUGUCCAGAUGGCCGUUGGUGGCGACGUUGGCUUUGUGGAAGUCUUCGAUGAACUCGACGGCCGUGAGGCUCUUGGCGCUCUUGCCGAUGAUGGACGUGAAGCGGCCGAUUCCGGCGGCCAGCUCCAGCACGUCCUUGUUCUCCAUGGAGGGGGCGCGCUCCAUGAUCUCGGGCAUCUCACGCUCGUGGAGGACCUUGGCGUUCGAGUCGAGCAUCAUGGUCUCAAUGUCCGUGUUGGAGCUGUGCUCCGUCCAGUAGGACUUCAUCUGCUGGCGAGUGGUGUCAAUGUUCUCGAUUGUCAUCUUCUUGGGCUCUUUUGGUCUUGGGACUUGAUUGCCAAGGGGCAAAUUGGGGAAUGAGGAAAAGUGCAAGAGGGUCCUACUCAGUGCCCAUCACCCUGGCGUCUGCGUGUUUAAGGGUUGCUGAUUAGGGUACUUCAAUCACAUUCAAUG